UUAGAUUUUUGUUCAUGCAUUCGUUUCAUAAAAUAAUACUCACAUUUGGGCAGUAGUUACACAUGCUUUAAUUUUCUCUCUUCAGUGCAGCUUCCACACUCUGGGAUCAACUUUAGGAUUGGAUUGCGACUAUAACAAUAUAACAUCGCAACAGAAGAGCGAGGCAGCAUGGCCGGAGCUGCGGUGUUUCAUGUACUCAACAAGAUUGCAGCUUCGUUGGCAGGGAAGGCACUGGAUACAAUAAGCAGUGAAUUAGUCAAAGAAGUGUCGGCCUUGCUAGCAAUCAAGAACAGCAUGAAACAAAUCGAGAGCGAGUUUGCGGUGAUGCAAGCCUAUAUAAGUCAAGUCAACGCACACGAUUCUCCUAACAAACCCUUGGUGGCGUGGCUGGAGCAAGUCAAGAACGUUGCAUUCGAAGUCGAGGAUAUCAUCGACGAGUACACUUAUCUCGUCGGGGAAGAAAACGUCAGCGGCUUCAGGAAUUCCCUGAAGAAAAAGUGUCGUCAUUUGAAAAACAUCGCUGCAUGGCACGGUAUCGCCGAUCAGCUCAAACAGGUGGAGACUCGUCUAGUGAAGCUCACAACCAUGAGAGACCGGUACGGCAUUUCGGUGAGAGAAACCGCGUCGGAUUUCGCUGCUCUUAGGCAGCGUCGAGCCUUCGAUAUUCCGUACUUGAGCCACGAAGACGAGAUCGUGGGGAAUGAUGAAGAAACCAAAAAAUUGAUUGAAUGGCUGACCGACGGGAAGGAAGCUCGCGCCGUCAUUUCCAUUUCGGGCAUGGGAGGGUUGGGUAAAACAACGCUGGCGAACAACAUUUUCAAGAAUCCAACAGUUAAACGCCACUUCAACUGGAGCGUAUGGAUCUCCGUCUCGCAAAGCUAUCGAGUCGAAGAUCUACUGCGAAGGAUCUUAACACACAACACGGGCAAAAACGAGGAGAUUCUAAAUGGCAUCGACACUAUGGACCGGAUUGAACUAGCGGAGAAGGUUCAAAUCUAUCUGCGGGAAAAAAGGUACUUGAUCGUCUUAGAUGAUGUUUGGAGCAGAGCCGCCUGGUCUUUGUUGGAUUGCGCGUUCGUGAGAAACAAUUUCGGGAGCAGAGUGAUCAUCACGACGCGGACGGAAGAUGUGGCUUUGUUGGCAGACGAGAAUCGCCGCUUACGGCUUAGCACUUUGCCGAAGGAGGAAGCGUGGGAUCUGUUCUGCAAGAAAGCGUUCUCGAGGCUCGCGGAGAAACGCUGCCCGCAGCAUCUUAAGGACUGGGCUGAAAAGAUUGUGGACAAGUGCCGAGGGUUGCCGCUCGCUGUCGUGGCGAUCGGCAGUCUGUUAUCCUACAGAGAGCAGCAGGAGCAGGAGUGGAAGUCGUUCUACGAUCAGCUUAGCUGGCAGCUGACGAACAAUCCGGAGCUGAAUUGGGUGGCGAGCAUUCUAAAUCUCAGCUUCAACGACCUGCCGGGCUAUCUGAAGAACUGUUUUCUGUACUGCAGCCUAUUCCCGGAGGAUUAUCUGAUAAGGCGGAAAUGGUUGAUCAGGCUGUGGACGGCCGAAGGAUUCAUCGAAGAAAGGGGGCCGGAGACGACAAUGGAGGAAGUGGCCGACGGCUACGUGAAGGAACUCGUUCAUCGAUCGAUGCUACAGGUUGUGGAACGGAACGACUUUGGAAGAGCAAAAAUGCUUCAAAUCCACGAUCUCGUGAGGGAAAUAACUCUGACCAGGUCGAGAGAGGAAAAAUUCGGAAUCGUGUGCAACGGUCCAGGGCCAACGAUGUUGAGGGAACAGGCUCGUCGCGUGUCCGUUCAUAAAGGCGGAUUGACCUCACAACCAAAUGCAAAUCUACGACAGCUUCGCUCGUUUAUUUUGUUCGAUGAAGAACUGCCGUCGUCUAGUAUCGAAAACGCUUCAUCUAGUUUCAAGUUACUGAGGGUGCUCUGCUUGCGACACGCCAAGAUGGAGCAGAUCCCAGACGCGGUGUUCAAUUUGUUCAACCUGCAUUAUCUGGACUUACGAUGCACGAAGGUGAAGAGCAUCCCGAAGUCGCUGGGGAAGCUCCAGAACCUGCAGACACUCGACCUGAGCAUGACCCGCGUGGAGAAACUGCCGCGUGAAGUCGUGACGCUGACGAAGCUGCGGCACCUGUUCGUGGUCUGCUUCUACGACUACAAUUGCAGAACUUUCGACUCCUUCAGUGCGGUGUCGGUCCCGCACGACAUCUGCCGCCUGGAAGGCCUGCAGACGCUGCUCAACAUCGAAGCCGACAAGUUCUUGAUGCAGAAUAUCGGAAGCUUAACGUCACUACGUAAUCUUUUUGUCAUGAAAGUGCGAGGCGCCUACUGCACGGAGUUGUGGGCCUCCCUGAAAAUGAUGCCCGGGCUCGUCGCGUUGGGCGUCGUCGCAAGUGACAAAGAUGAAUUGCUUUGUCUGGACGGCGUGCACCCGCUGCCGAGCCUGCAGAAGCUCUACUUGAAAGGUAGGCUGGACGAGGACGAGGCUCCGACCGUGUUCGCCAACUUCGGAAGGCUCCGAGACCUGCGACUAGCCUGGUCAGGGCUGCAGACAGAUCCAUUGCAUUCCUUCUCGCACAUGUCGAGCCUCGUAGACCUCCAUCUCUACCGGGUCUACGAGGGGCAGCGGUUGAGCUUUCGCGCCGGCUGGUUUCCUAGGCUGAAAAACCUGUUUUUAGCUGACAUGGCGCAAGUGAGUGUUAUUGAUAUCGAAGACGGAGCCAUGAAAAGCUUGUACCAGCUGCAGCUUAUCGGCCUGUCAAGCUUGACAGCUACACCGGCGGGUGUCGUGUACCUGCAGUCGCUGCAGGCAAUGUAUCUCAUCGAUAUGCCACAGGAGUUCAUUAGGAGGCUCGAAACAAGUGACCGGAGCAAGGUUCAGCAUAUCCCCAAUGUCUAUUGGCGAAGCGCAUUGUAUAGAACUUUAACUGAAGUAUGGACGGUUUGAAUUGGCUGUCCAUCCUUUCAAUUUGUUUGAUUUGAAUCAGUCAACGACACUUUGAUUUCAAAAUUUGAAUAUAACGUUUAUCUUUACAGUUUUA